AUGGACACGAGCUACCUCGCCCAGCAAGUUACGACAAUCAUCGGCCAGUUGCACGGCCUGUUCGAUGAGAUUGGAGUCCCCAGCCAUGAGAGGGACACGCGCGAAGCAGAGCUCUUCUCUGCUCUGUCGGAGACACUUCACAGCCAACUUCGUCAAGUUACCAAUGAGAAACACCAAAUGACGGAGGAGGCGCAUCGUUUGAUCAAGACAAUCAAGGAGAUGGAAGCUUCACUCGAUGACAAGAAGCGCGUUGCCAGCUAUGGGUCCGACGAUGGCGAUAUGACUGUCACAUAUCCUCUUACACGCUGCCUACAGGGUCUCAAGGAGAAGUACAGUAUCGUUAGCAAAGUGCAUCGCGAGCGCUUUGAACAAGUCAGGAAACUUGCCGAAGCCCUCGAGUCGUAUGCAUCGCAUCUAGAGCCAGCAUUCGUACAAAUCAAGCUGCCACCGACCUCGCCUAACGCUACUGUCUCGCCCUCAUUCGAUAUCUCACCGUCCUACGUCGCGUCUCUGGAUAAAGAGUUCACCCGCGUCUAUGAUGAGUACACUCGCCGAGUGAAUACGGUGCAGGUCUUAUGCCAGGAAAUGAUUCAGCUUUGGGCCGAACUAGGAACACCGCAGGCACAAACGGACACAUCGGUCGUCAAGUACCAUCGCGAUGCGCCGGAGCAGCUCGGCCUGCAUAAAGACGACAUAGCACAGCUGAAGGCUAAGAAGGAGCGGCUCGUUGAAGAGAAGCGUGGCCGAGAAAGGCGACUGGCUCAGCUGCGGGCAACAAUUGAAGAUCUCUGGGAGCGUCUGGGUGUGGAAGAGCAAGACCGCAAGCAGUUUCUUAACAAGAACCGCGGAUGUGGCCUUAGAACCAUCAAUGAGUUUGAGGAUGAGCUCGCGAGGCUCAACGAACUGAAGCGCCAGAACCUACAUUUGUUUGUCGAAGAGGCGAGGGUCAAGCUUCAGGAACUAUGGGACGCCCUGUAUUUCUCCGAGGAGGAGAUGCUCGACUUCACCCCAGCUUUCUCUGAUGUCUGCAGUGAUGCACUCUUGUCGGCUCACGAACAAGAAAUUGCUCGCCUGGAAGCACUCAAACUACAGCGCCUACCCAUCCUUCAGAAGAUCGACCGACACCGUGAACUUGUCAAGGAGAGAGAUGAACUUCAAGCUUCAAGUCAAGACGCAUCUCGUCUGAUGUUAAGAGGACAGAAGGGAGAGAAGCGCGAUCCAGGCAAGCUGCUAAGGGAGGAGAAGAUGCGCAAGAGGAUCGCCAAGGAGCUGCCGAAGGUCGAAGCCGAUCUCAAGAAGACGCUUGAAAAGUUCGAAGACGAGUAUGGAAGACCCUUCCUCGUUCAUGGCGAGCGAUAUCUGGAUGAGCUGUAUGCGUCCGCCUCCAAGACUGCUCCACCUCGAUCAAAGACACCUUCCGUAGCACCUCUCCCCUCGAAGCAAGCCCCCAAAUCGGCGCCGCGUGACAGAGCCAAUACGAUUCAUGGUGGACAGAUCCGAGCGAAGACGCCUACAGCAACAAAUUUCGGAGCCAGCGUUAAUCGCAACCCGCUUGCCAGUUCGGUCAUGUCAAGCUCUCACAUGGGCUCCACAGGGGGUCCGAAAAGUCCAUCUAAGAUUCCUUCGCGUACAGGAUUGAAGAGUCUCCCGGAGGCACAAAAUUCUCCAGAGCGUCGAUCCAGGUUGGAAAGACAGGAUUCCACACUUAGGAGUAUGCCUCCCCCACGCGCUCCUCCGCCAAAGAUGAAGGACCUGUUCAUUCCCCCCGAAUCCGCAGCGACACCCGCGCAACGCUACGAAUUCAGCCGAGAUCGCAGUGAGAGUAUUGUACGGCACGUGCCACCUGAGGAUCCUUACGACGACCGAUCAUACCUGUCGCGCACGAUACGAGCCGGUUACGACCAUGGGUAUCCUCCCUCGGGUGCCGUCAGACAGAUGUCGCACUCGUCGCAAACCUCUUCAACCGGUACCGGGCACACCAUGGUGUCGGGUUCGGAGAACUGGGAGACGUUUAGUGAGCAGUCAGAGGACCCGGAACGCGACGUCGAUGUCUACAAGCAUAGGCAGGCAAUGUCACGGAACAAACGCUACACUCCCGAGGGUGGCCACGGCUCGCCGAAAGGGAUUCAAGGCAAGAAGCUGAGGGGAAUAAGAAGCGUGGACAGCGAGGUCAUGACGGAAAAUGACAGUAGCCGCAUGCUGAGAGUGGUGGAAGGCAGCGAAGCUGGCUGGACGGAUGAAGAGACCUAUUGA